AUGUAUGCUGGCGAGGAUGGAGAAGUCUGUGUAGAGCUGGGGCACGUGGGUAAGGCACUUUCUGUCUCCAAAGCCUCGCAGCCGGACAAGAGCAAAGCCGGAGGUUGGCCGGCAUGGUUCGGAGAGGCUCCCGUCAAAGUUGGCGACCUCGUGUGCGGCCUCUGUGGUAGAUGGUUGUAUCUCGUCACACAGAUCUAUGCCCCGACCCACGUGGAGAGAUCACUGUGCCUCUUCGGGUGCAACCGGGCGGCUUGCUCCCUGCGACCCGAAGGGUGGCGGGUGGUACGCACACAAGCUCCACAGCCUGUCGAGCCCGCACAAGACGACAGCGACCCCACUGCCGCAUCAGCGCCAGCAGCGCACGCGACGGAUCCAUGGGGAGCAAGCGACGUGUCGUGGGACGCCCCCGCUUCCGACGGCGAAGGGUGGGGUGCCGAGACGAGCGAUUGGGGGGCGGGAGUUGACACCGAAGGCGUUGGGGGUAUUGCAACGGCGGACAUCGAUGCCUUGCUCGACAAACAAGAGAAGAAGCAGUCGUCGACUUGCCAAGGAGACCGGGCAUCAGCAGCAGCAGCAGAGAAAAGGUCUUCAACGGGUGGCGACACAUGUAGCUCUUUAGCAGAGUUAGGACCUAACCACAGCAGUAGUGGCAGCGGCAGCCAAAAGAAGAGCGCAGCGGAGAGUUCCAAAUCAGACACCGUCGCGGCAGAAGGCGGGGACUGGGGAGGGCGGCCUUGUUUCCCAGCAAAGACUGUCAGCUUUGUCCCCGAGCCGUGGGGAGCAGAAAGUUCCCGAACAGACGACAAGGACAUGGAGAAUAGACUCCGGCGGUAUAGGGAGCAAGAGGAGGACCGUGGGCUUGUCGCGGCGCUUGAUCAUGCCCUUGGCCUGAAGGAUGCUGGGGGGCUCAGCAGUGAACACGGAGGAAAGGAGGGGAAAGCGGUGGCCAGUGUUGGGGAGAAGUAUGAGCGUACGCCUGCGAGGGCGAAGGCCGUUAUGCGGUUCGCCGAUAGGGUCGCCCGUUCCCCCCAGCAAGUAGUACGCUAUGCGUACGGAGGAGAACCCCUCUGGUCCGCUUCCGAUCCGCCUCGUGAAGAGAUACCCCCGUGUGCCUGCGGUGCUACCCGGGUGUUCGAGAUGCAGCUCAUGCCGGCCCUGUUGUUGCAGCUGCAAGUGAACGACCUCGCCGAACGAGAAACAGGCAGCCUAGAGGGGGGAAGUCCCGCUACUUUUUCUGGCCUUGAAUCAAAGAAGAUCUCCACGCUUUCGCAAGUAGCUGACGGCCAUGACAACAAUAACACUUUGAAGUCAAUAACUCCCUCGGCUGUGGCGGUUCAGCCGAAGGGUGCUGCAUCAACGCGGUCAACCGACGAGCACGGAGUCGCACAAGGGGAUGGAAGCGGGGUAUUGGCGGGGAUAGGUGUAAGUGGCGAGGAGGACGAAGGAAACGAAACCACGAUGAUGCCCACCCCCAGCGUCGAAGAGCGCGAGCGGUUGAGAACGCUGGGGAUGGAUUGGGGGGUGGUUGCGAUCUGGUCGUGCCCCAGAAGCUGCAGCAUUAGCUGCGAAGAGUGCGUAGUAGUGCAGUUGCCCGUCUGA